AUGGGUGGCCGCAGGGAGUUUAAAUCUCAACCCAUUCGAUCGAUUGUUUCUCGGUCGAUCUUCGGCCGAUUGCCCGGCCUUUCAACUGUCUCGGCUAGAGGGCGCAUUCGGCGUUUUAUGGCCCUCCUUCCAACUGCUCUAUUUACUCGCACGGCAGUCUACGCAGUCGCGCACAACGAGGCGCAAGUCGGACGGGAUGCUCAAAAGCGGCUUUCCCCCUGCGCACCGAUGGACAGGAGUGCGGUUGCCUGUAAGGCAAAGCUUUCCGACAAACUGACCAAUCACAGUUCGCUGCGACGCCUCACUCGUUCACAAAAACAGACUCGCCUGUCCAGGUGUGUUAGUGAAGCAACGUGUAUCUGUGUCUGUCUGUGCGUGUGCAAGGCAGCUUUUGCGUCUAUUAUCCACGUCCCGCGGCUUAUCCAAACCCAUAGCCGAGUCGGGGCAGUAAAUAGACAGACAGGCCGGGGGGACAGGAUAGUUUUCUCAUUCAACUGUGGUUGGUCUGGCCGGAACGACUCUUUUGCGCGUGUUCCCAGCCGGGCCCGAGCCCUCACUGCCCCGAAGCAUACUAGCCGAGCCAAUGGAGAGCUUACCCCAAACGCUAUUCGGUAUGCAAAUGCUGCUAGAGCCGCGCGAACCAGGAGACAAGGCCGCUUAGGCGGACAAACAAACGAAGAGGCGAGAUUGUCAGAUUUGUAA